AUGGAUGAAACACCAACAAAAACGCGUCUACAGAAGUCAAAAGCUGCUAAAGAGAACAAAUAUGGUAUUAAAACUAGUUUAAUUGAUGUAACUACCGAUGAUGAACCAGAAGCCGGUAAUCUGGAAAAAAAGAACAAAUCUAAGAUGAGAAAUGUUUCUGGUGAAAAAGGAGAAACUGAUAGUGACCCACCACUGAAGGAGAUGAAGAACAAGGCAAAGCAGGAUGCUGUGAAGAAAAGAAAGGAAGUGUCUGAUACUGAAGCAACCCCAUCAAGGAAAUCAAAGAGAUUGAAAGAUCAGGAAUCACCUAAACCUAAAGCAGAGAAGAAAACAAAGACUAAAAAGAAAGCUGUUCAGACUGAUAAAGCUACUAAAGGAAAAAAGAAAGCAGAGAAAGCUGCAUCAAAGGAAGUUUUGGAUGAUGAUACAGAGAAUGAUGAGGAUACAGAUGACGAGAAAGAAGUAGAUGAUGACAAAGCUGUCAAGCAAGUUGUUGAUAAUCAGAAGAAAUGA